AUGAAGGCAGUCAUCUGUCUUUCCCUAGUGUUUCCAUCUUUAUGGGCUCUUUCACUCAACUCUCAUUGGGACGAAAAUGAUACCAAAUGGUUAUCGGGCAUACUAGAGGAUGUGCUCGAAACGAACGUUGAUAGUUUGAGCUCCUUGCAUUUUGCUGCAGGUGCACUGAAAAUACUCAAAGUUACACCAUCCGCCGAUGCUGCUAAGCAAGUGAUCGAAGGAAUUCUUGCGGAAAAUGCUCCGAGUGGUGCAAGAGUAUUCCAAGCUCUUUAUACAGCUGAUCUCCUUAACGUUCAGGAACAAAUAUUAAUGCUCACAAACUACUUGCUGUCUCGCAAGCAUAUAUCAACUGAAAAAUCUGCGUUCUAUGUGCUGAAGGCUUUGAAAGCAUUAGCAGAUAAUAGUCAUUUUGUGCCGGUAGUGAUAUCUCGUGAUGGCCCUCUCAUGUUUGAUCCAAACCAGCCUAUCAGAAUCACUGUAACGGACGUCUUCGGGUUACCGACUAACGCAAUCGAAGUUCACGCCGAUGUUACAGCAGUUGAUUCAGAUCAUACUUUCCUGAGCGACGUGAAAAUGGAGCACUCGCCAUCCGAUGCAAGAGUUUGGACAAUUAGUGUUGAUAAAAUUCCUAAAGAGAGCGAUUACUACAUGCUGAAGGUGAAAGUAGCGACACAGGACGUACGCCUCGUUGGAACGACCGCUAAUGUCUUAAUAAAGCGAUGCAAUGAUAUUUUAGUUGACAACUUUAAGCUUGGAAUCUUUGAGAAGGAUGAAGCACAUCUAGAAACAUCAUAG